AUGCUCAUUGACAUGGUUGUUCAGAACGCCGAGGCUAAUCUGGAGGGCAAGAUCAUAACUCGCGCAUGUACCGCGGAUUAUGUGUCGGUGGCUAGAUCUGCUUUCGAACCCGACGGAGAGAAGGCUUCGCUCUGCACAACAGCCAACCGCGUGUUAGAAGAAGUGUCGAUAUAUAUGCAUCAGCCAGCAUCAGGUAACGAUGUCUACUCAACAAACCACCUAGUUUCGGCUGGACGUCAGGUCAUGAACCAUCUUGCAUUACAGACGCCAUCAUGCAACCACAGCGUCAUGGAGUUCGCGUACUCCCAGUCAUCAGCCAUUGGUGUUUAUGCUGGAGCCGAGGUCAAUCAACAUGGGUUGACAGCUGAGGUGCUGAACAAGUUCUUGUCUUAUGUUCAGGAACAAGGAAUCUCCAAAACGACUGUUGUUCAGCUGUGUGGAGCUAAAGGGCGUGGCGCGGACUAUGGCGUGGGCAUCGUGGCGACGAGUGCGAAAAAUCUACCGUUCGUCCAGAAAGCUGUCAAGACAUGGUUGAGCGGCGACUGCGUCUCCCAAGCCAAUGCAGGCGAAGAUUGGAUGCAAGUCACUAUUCGCAUUCCUGUCCCUAUCAAUCACGUCCCGAGCAACGGCACCAACUCAACCGUUCAUUCUCGAAACACUUCGCCCGCUUAUGUGGACAAAAGAGGCCGUCUUGAUAUCAGAGCAGACUGCAAAACUACGACCGUCAAGAGCGGUGACGGUUGCUACGCUGUCGCCGAUCGAUGUGGCAUUAGCCAAACUAACUUGGAGAAGUACAACCGCGCCAACCUUUGCAACACGCUUGUCAAGGACGAAGUCGUCUGUUGCAGCAGUGGAACAUUGCCAAACACGCUCCCUUCUGGUAAUUCGGACGGCACCUGCAAGACGAGGGACGUUGUGGAGAAAGAUGAUUGUAGUAGUCUUGCUGCCAAAUGUGGCAUUAGCGCGAACGAUUUCAUGAAAGCUAAUACCAAGACAAAUCUCUGCUCAAACCUUAUGCCAGGGCAGAAGGUCUGCUGUACUGCCGGGAAGUAUCCCGACCUGAAACCCAAGCCCGAUGCAAAUGGAAAUUGCGCAACUUACUACACGAAGAAGGACGAUAGCUGUUCGAAGGUCGCUAUCGCUCGCGAUCUUACUGUAGACGACCUCAUGGAGUUCAACAAGAAUACUUGGGGUUGGAAUGGCUGCAAACCCGAGGUAUUCUAUGAGAAUUUCUUGAUGUGUGUCAGCAAGGGAACACCACCUAUGCCUGCGACUGUUCCGAACGCCGUUUGCGGGCCCACGAAGAAUGGAACUGUGCAACCAUCCGCAUCUACGAACAUCAGCAUGCUGAACCCUUGUCCGUUGAAUGUUUGCUGUAACAUCUGGGGUCAGUGUGGUAUGACUGACGAUUUUUGCGUUGUGAGCAAGUCCGAGACUGGUGCGCCGGGAACUUCUGCCCCUGGCAAGAACGGAUGCAUCAGCAAUUGUGGUAGAGACAUCAUCAAAGGCACCGCACCGGCGAACAAGAUCAAGAUCGCAUACUAUGAGAGCUGGAAUUUCAAUCGGCCGUGCUUGAACAUGCCAGUGACAUCCAUUGCCGAGGGAUAUACACAUGUUCACUUUGCUUUCGCAAACGUUACUCGCGGGACAUACAAGCCUGAAAUCACCGACGAGACGACUAUGAACGAAUUUGAAGACUUUAAAAAGCUCAAGAACGUCAAGAAGAUAAUCUCCUUCGGUGGUUGGGCCUUUAGCACUGAGCCUGGAACCUUCCAGAUCUUACGUGAGGCUGUUCUGCCAGCCAACCGUGAGACGUUCAAGAACAAUAUUAUUAGCUUCGUCAACGAGCAUGGGCUCGAUGGCGUCGAUCUUGACUGGGAGUAUCCUGGAGCUCCUGACAUUCCCGAUAUCCCGACUGACGACCCUGUCAACGGCGUCAACUAUUACCGACUUCUUUCUAGCCUCAAAUCAGCCAUUGGAUCUUCCAAGUCGGUUUCGUUUGCUGCACCCGCAUCAUACUGGUACCUCAAGUCCUUCCCUAUCAAGGACAUGGCGAAGGCCCUCGACUAUAUCGUAUACAUGACGUACGAUCUGCACGGCCAAUGGGACUACGGUAACAAGUGGACUUCACCCGGAUGCGAUACUGGAAAUUGCCUGAGAUCUCAUAUCAACGAGACUGAGACUAAGGAUGCCCUGUCCAUGAUUACUAAAGCUGGAGCGGACUCUGGUAAAGUGGUUGUUGGCGUUUCCAGUUACGGUCGCUCCUUCAAGAUGGCACAAGCUGGGUGUGACAGCGAGAGCUGUAAGUUCACCGGGUCGCCUCGAGUUUCCGAUGCCUACAAAGGCCGAUGCACGGACACUGCCGGUUACAUCUCCAAUGCUGAGAUCCAGGAGAUCAUUGAUACGGGUAAUGUCAACAAGAAGUACACAAAGGAAGGUUCGAACAUCAUGGUCUUCAAUAACACAGAGUGGGUUGCCUGGAUGGACGACGAUAUGAAGGCGUCCCGAUCGAAGUUCUAUGAUUCAUACAACUUCGCUGGAACUACGGAUUGGGCAGUGGAUCUACAAGAUUGGCACGGAACGGACGAGCCGGAGGAUUACGAAAUGCCAAUUGACGAGAGCUACUGGGCUGACUGCGAGGGGCAGUUCAACUCACUGGACCAGUUGAAGGAUCGUAAAGGAUCGAUCCCCAGCCACUGCAUGGAGCAGUACAUCACAGACGUCCAGAUAUCCGUCCUCGAUGGAGCACUCAAAAAGUACAAGGAUCUGGUCGAUAAGGGUUACGACGACAAGUUCAAGACCUACGCUGGUUAUGUGAAGGACCAGAUUCCCGACCAGAUCAACAACUUCAUGGCAAGCGACAAGGUUGACAAAUACUUUACUUGCACGGAUUACAAGACCCAGGGCACGUGCUGUAAGGACUGCCGGUAUGCUACCUGCAUAGAGAAUUGUAUCAAGGGAUCCAAUUGCAAAGGCGGCAAGGGCGAGUAUCCCAUGGACAAGUGUCCGAGGAUGGAGUUUGAGAAAGGCACGCUCGACGGCGACUAUAUCCCGAAUGCGACUUUCACCUUCAAGGAUGAGAAUGGCUUUUACAACGACCUCUCCGAGACCUGGGGCAUCGACAAAGAGUGGAUCAAGAUGGGCAAGCGCCUGAUGCGCAUCAACAACGGCUGCCAGUACGCCGGCGAGAACGUACAGAACUGCAUACAGUGGAACAACAACUACUUCAAAAAUUACCCUCUCAUGGACGGGGACAAGGUCAAGAUCUACAACCCCAAGGACAUCAUCGGUGAUUCGUUACCCAAGGCACAGGACAUGCUGUACCGCUUCCAAGAUAUGUCGCUUGCAGGUAUCUGGGACGACCAAAUAGCCGAAUCCGACAUGGUCGACUCCACCUCGCUACCAGCCUAUUCUACCGAAGAAGCCGUCGCAGCCAUGGAGAAGAUUGUAAAGAAGGCUGAUGAGAUCAAGAAGGCGGAGCGCGAAGAGUUCAUCUUGAAUUUCAUCAUGGGUCUGCUAUUCUUCAUUCCGUUCGUUGGCGAAGCCGCCGCUGGGCUAACUGCUAUACGAUCGAUUGCCAGGCUUAUCGGCACAGUUGGAGAUGCCGCACUCACAGUGUACGGCGUAGUCCAAGACCCAGAAAACGCCUUCAUGACCGUCUUUAGCGCUCUCGCCGGUGCGGGCGUUGGACGGGGUGGGUUUAAGAAGGCGGCAAGCUCGAGGCGACACAUGAAGAAGGAAGACUACGAUAGUCUUGGACCGGUGAAGAGCAAACUCGAUACUGUUGAGGACUUGAGAGGGGGUAUGUGCCCAAUCUGA